GUUUUCAAAAAAAGCAGCCAUGAACGUCACAGUGCCGUAGGCGACGCUUCACGUCUUAUAUAUAUAUAUAUUUUUUUUGGGGGGGGCGGGGAGGGGGACGAGAAAUAACGGGUUAGUGAGUUAGUGACUCCUCACAAAAGAGGUGCAUGAUGAGCCUGCUGUGCCGGAGCUGUCACAGCUAGUCUGAUGCCACACCAUGGCCAAACCUGGGAGCGACAGAGAUGGAGCCAUGGUGGAAAAGCAAGUGGGAAAGAAGUGCAAAGACAAGCUGUCCCCUUUCACCAAAACUCCAAAGUUGGACCGGAGUGAAUUGCUGGGAAAGGAAGGGAAAGUUAAGUCUUCCAUGAAGCGCAAGCUCUCCUUCACUAGCAGUCCGCCCGGCACGGAGGAGCGAGACUCGGACACCGAUGAGUCAGACCCAGGCCAGUCCAGUGAGACCUGGGGAGAGAGAUUAGUGGCCCCCUGCAGGACCUACACAGAUAAAGAUGGACCGGACAAGAAGAAGGUGAAAAAAGAGGCCGGGGGAAAGAAGUCCCAGGCCCCCAACCUUUUGUUUGGUUAUCCCCUGUCCGAGCGCAAGCAGAUGGCUCUCCUCAUGCAAAUGACGGCCAACAGCCCAGAUUCGACACCCAGCCACCCCUCCCAGACGACGCCCGUGCAGAAGAAGGUCCCCAGCAGCGCCUCGUCUCGGCAGAAAGACAAGGUGAACAAGAGGAACGAGCGCGGGGAGACUCCCCUUCACAUGGCGGCCAUACGCGGCGAUGCCAAGCAAGUCAAGGAGCUCAUUACCCUGGGCGCUGACGUCAAUGUGAAAGACUUUGCAGGCUGGACUCCACUUCAUGAAGCAUGCAAUUUGGGUUACUACGACGUGGCCAAGGUGUUGAUAGCAGCCGGUGCAGAGGUGAACACGCAGGGUCUGGACGACGACACGCCUCUCCAUGACGCUUCCAGCAGCGGCCACAAAGAUAUUGUGAAGCUGCUGCUGCGUCACGGCGGGAACGCCUUCCAGGCCAACAAGUGUGGGGAGCGUCCUGUGGAUGUGGCCGACUCACAGGAGUUGGAACAGUUGUUGAAAGGGGAGGUUGCACUUUCAGAUGACCAAGAGGACAGCUCUUCAGACUUUGAGGACCCGCCCUCUGUGAAUCCAUCCAGCGUGGACGUAGACAUGGACGACUCAGACACGGAGAAAGACUUGGAAGCGAAACCGGUCACAAGGUCGUCGUCCAUGCAAGGCCUGGAUGAGUACGAAUUCAAAGACGAGGAAGAAGAGGAGGAUCUGAGUAAAGCCUUAAACGAUCGACACAUUCUGCGGCGGGAACUGCGGCAGCGGGAGAAGGAAGACAAGGAUAAGAAUAACUUGGCUGGCAAGCAGAGCAGCAAGAAGGAUGUUUCCUCCAAAGCCAAAAAGCAGAAGCCACCUCGAGUGCACUGCAGCUCGGACACGUCCAGCGACGAAAGGGAGAGCCUCCCCGACAAAAGGGAAUCCCCCACCUGUUCCCAGAGCUCGGAGAGCGUCAAGACAGGAGUGAAGUCUAAAAAGGAGAAUGCUGAGCAAAAAGACAAGAGCAAAAUCAAGAGGAAGAACAAGAGCCAGAAUAAAAAUAAGGAAAACCAAGAGGAUGGGAAGGAGAACAGUAAAACGCUUCUCCUUUCGCUUUCUUCUGUGUCCGAGAGCACAGACAAGGGGCGCGAGGAAGAUUCCUUCAAAAUGUCCUUCAGCCCCAAAGACGACACGUCUGUGCACCUUUUCCACUUGUCCUCCAUGAAAUCUCCCAAACUGAACAACAGCCUGGCCGACAAACACACGCCACUCAAACAGGAAAACAGCUCGUGUCCGGUGGAUGCUGUCAAGUUCAACCACUACUCUGAAGCCGACUACUGCACCGAAGGCUCCAGCACUAAGGCCCAUAAGCACAAAGAGAAGAGCAAGCAUCACCAGAGAGACGGCGAGCGAGAUUCCAGCCCGUACAAAGAUGCCAACAACAUCGCACACGGCAUAGACGGCAGCGAAGGCGUCUUGCGGAAAAGUGACUUGGACGGCAAAGUGGUGAAGAAGCAUAAACUCAAACACAAGGAGAAAGACAAACACAGAAGAGAAUACGAGGCAGAGCGUAGCCGGCACAGACAGAAGGAAGCCAGGAGAGACGGCCACAGGAAUCUGGAGUUUGACCGAGAGUUCUGGAAAGAAAACUUCUUCAAAAGUGAUGAGACCGAUGAAGCGCUGCCAGUGAAAAGGGAAUCAGAGGAGCACUGUUCUUUCCAGAGGACCUCAGAGUUCGCCCCUUUAAAAGAGGAAAAAAACGCCAGGGAGAAACAUUCAAUCGGGAAGGAGAAGAGGCCACGAGACGAGCGAGACAAGGACAAGACUGUAAAAAAAGAGCGCAGGGAGGAGAGGCUGAAAGACUCCAAGCUUGGCGAGCGUGACGACAGAGCCGACUGCCACGGUUGUGGGAGGAUUCCGGACGAGCCGCCACAGAGCAACAGUGUGAAAGAAGAGACAGAGGAGAAGCCCGUAAGCACCCUCGCCGCUGAUCAGGAACAUCUGGAGUCCACAGAAAGGAACUCGCAUGAGAAAAUAGACAAGAGGCUGUUGGGAAAAGAGAGGGAGCCUGAAAAAAUGGAAAAAAGGCAUCCUGACAAGGAAAAAAAGCCCAAAGUUGAACACGUGGACAGAACGGAACCACAGAAUCAGUUAGAUCGUUGGAAGGAAAAAGAGAGGUCCGGAACCACUUCCUGUCACUCUCCCGGUGAUAAAAACUACAAGGAGAGCGACAAACUGAAGUCUUUAUCCACGGCAAAGAAGCAUGAAGACGGCAGGAAAUGUCGAGAUAAGCUGGACAAACGCUCAGAUCGGGAGAGACAGGAGAGAGAUUAUAGUGUCGCGGAUCACAGAGACAAGGAUCGCACAAGUUGUGAAAAGAAAGCGAAGCCUUUUGACAAAUCUGAUCGCACCAAGGAAAAGGACUGGAAGAGAAAAGAGAAACUAAAAGACGGGACUCCCCCCUACACUUCCAAUCUGAAGCUACUUUUGGAAGAGAAGAAGGGUUAUCCCUCUGAAAGCGGAAAGUCUUUAUCUACAAAAUCAAAGGAGGAAGUGGCAAAAACGCCGGAGAAGGAUCGGGACCGGAGAGAGCGGGACAGAGAUUCAGACAGACACAAGGACAGGCACAAGGACCGCUCUCAGCUGGCCAAGACCAGCAAGACCAAGUCCGGUGAGUCGGACGCAGAAAAGAUCAAAUCCAAGCCACCCUCUGGAACGCGAGACAGCAGGCCCAAAGAGAAACGCCUCGUCAACGACGACCUGAUGCAGACCAGCUUUGAGCGCAUGCUGAGCUUAAAAGACCAGGAGAUUGAGCAGUGGCACCGCAAACACCUGGAGAAGAUCAAACAGAAGGAAAGGGAGCGGCUCAAACAGCGACCCCUGGCCGACCCCGGAAAAUCCAGGCCAAAAGAUAGGUCAAAGUCGGAAGCAUGCAUUAGCAAGGAGCUCAUGCGUUCCAAAAGCUCUGAAGCCUCAGACGUCAACGUCCGAGACAAACCCCUGAAGGACGCCUCGAGCUUCAGGACCGUGUCCCUGGACGGAAAGAGCCUUCCCUCCAUAAGUGCCAAGGUGAUGUCUGCAGUGGAGAACUGUCUGAGCAGAUCUCCACGGCCUGAGGGCGAGCACUGUGGCCUCAUGUCUAGGUCAGUGUCCUUGGUUUCCGUGGCUAGCUCUGAGGAUUCCUGCCAGGCCACAAUGCUCACUCCCAAGCACAUGGAGUACGACUCCGACAUGAACCCGGAGGCGGCCGAUAUGCAGCCUGCGUUCCUGCAGUCGUCCCUCGUCAUUCAAGCCACCAGGUUGCCUUCUGCUCUGGAUAAAGACUGCAGCAGGCUUCCGGAUGUGCAGCAAAGCUUUAGGGUGACGCUUCCUGGUAGACACGAGUCUCCGUGCCUCAGGGCCAUCCUGGAUGAGGAUACAUCGGCUGAAACUCAGCCCAACCCAGCAGGUCUGUGCACAACGAAGACGUCAAGUGAAAGGGAGGAGACGUUUGUCAGUCAGCAAUGUUCAGCUGCGGACUCGGUUACUGAGUGUGGAGGCACUGCUGGCAGCUUCACACCCAACAGAGAUCCUCUAUGUAAAAGUGUCACUCUGUAUAGUAGUCCUAAACCAGACCCAAUCGAACACUGUGGUUCUCUUAUCCGGAGGGACGUCGCGUGUGUGGAAAAUUCACAGAUUGAUAGUACUGAGAGGGACUCUGAACCACCUUUAUUAUCUCUUUGUACGGAACCAUCAGAGCUCACAAACCCAAAUAGCCUCCAGCCGACGGACGCCAUCCCGUGCAUCCAGCAGGAGGACUCCGCUAAGCUUUGGGACCAGAAGGACAAACCGGUGACUGCUGAUGAAGCAGAACACCAAAGUGAGGAAAAUGCCUCAGAGAGCAUCAAGAUGGAGGAGAUAGGAAGCCCAGUCGCCUCCACCAGCACCAACAUUCCCAUCCCCACAGAAUCUUUUACAGGCUCCAACAAGCCCACAACUGAGUCUAAAUGUCCUGAAGAGGAUCUGGAUCUGAAUAAUGAUGACGGCAAGAAAGCCGAAGCUGAAAGUGACGCCGCCUGUAAUGAUCCGACGGAGACCUUGGACAUUGAGCCGUGUGCAACAAGCCAUGAGCACAAAGAUCAGGAGAUGUCUGAUGUCCAACAGAACCCUGAGAACCUUCAGAGUUCUUUGAUGGAGGAGCAGCAUGUUGCAGAGUGCCCCUCAGAGUCCCACUGUGAACCUAAUGAGGCGGAUCCCACUGACAGGAAACCAGAGUCCUCCGCUGAAGAGCCAAUGCAGCCCACAGGUCACGGAGACCUGAGUAGCAGCGCCUCAGGGAGCUCCUCCCCUCAGUCCGGAGACCAGGAGUCUGACUACUCCGGAGCCAAGAUCAAAAUCCGCUCUCUGGACGAGGACGUGGACGUGCACGUUCCGCACCCGCGCAAGAGGAAAAUGCCCAAGGUACCCUUCUCGCAAGCCAGUCCUACCGCCCAGCAUAAGGGGGGAGGUCAGCAGUCGCUCGCUGCCAUCGUGGCGUCCGUCAAGCUGGAGGAGAUCGAGCCCUACCAGACAGAGAGAGCCAAUCCCUAUUAUGAGUUUCUGCACAUUAGGAAGAAGAUUGAGGAGAAGCGCAAAGUCCUGUGCAGCGUCAUACCUCAGCCGCCGCAGUAUUACGACGAAUACGUCACGUUCAACGGCUCCUACCUGCUGGAUGGGAACCCACUCAGCAAGCUGUGUAUUCCAACAAUAACUCCGCCCCCCUCGUUACCGGAGCAACUGAAGGAGAUGUUCAAGCAGCAGGAGGUGGUCCGCAUGAAGCUGCGCCUGCAGCACAGCAUAGAGAGGGAAAAACUGAUUGUUUCAAACGAGCAGGAGGUCCUGCGAGUGCAUUACCGGGCGGCAAGGACGUUGGCCAAUCAGACGCUGCCCUUCAGUGCCUGCACGGUGCUGCUGGACGCCGAAGUGUACAACAUGCCUCAAGACGUUCAGAGCGAGGACGGUAAGACUUCUGUGCGAGAUCGAUUCAACGCCAGACAGUUCAUGUCCUGGUUGCAAGACGUCGAUGACAAGUUCGAUAAGCUCAAGACGUGCCUCCUCAUGAGGCAGCAGCACGAGGCGGCGGCCCUCAACGCCGUCCAGCGCCUGGAGUGGCAGCUCAAGCUGCAGGAACUGGACCCGGCCACCUACAAGUCCACCAGCAUCUUCGAGAUCCCGGAGUUCUACAUCCCGCUGGUGGAGGUAAACGACGACUUCGACCUCACCCCCAUAUGAGGAGCCGCCAGGCGCUCCAGCGCUUUCCAGGAAGCCGCCACGGCAAUGUGAAGCACUUCAAGAGCGGCGCCAGCACGGGAGCACUUAGGACCCGCCCCACGCCCGAGCUCGGUCCGGACACGGGCACACACGGGAUGGUUUGGCCCAGGCCAGCAGGGAGUCCAGGAGUCCAAAAGGCCGGGUCGGGCGGUGCAGCGGCAGGUAGGUGCCGUCCCGCCUCCGCCGUGGUGUGUGUUGUGUCCAGCAGGGUCACACCAGUGCAAGAUUUCAAUAGUUUUCCGGUGUGUUCUAUACGUGGUCUACAGACUGUGCUCUUCAUUUUUUAACUUAUUUUAUACAUACAAAUGUGGAUUUGUAUAUAGUCAUGUAAUUAUUGUUUCAAACUUGUACAAACGGGAAAAAAAAACAACUAGAUAUUUUGAUUGUAAACUCGUUCCGUCUCAUGUUUAAUGGACCAAAGUGUUUUGUUUUUUAUAUCGAGUGUUCCUCUUCGUUCGUGACGUCUUUGCUGUUACGCGGGUCUUCUUUCUCCUCCUCAUUACUGCUGUGCAUGCCUUGCAUCCUUUCUACCUUUUCCUACCAGGCGUGUUCUGCUCAAGUGUCGCCGCUCUUUUUGUUUUCUGUCCGUGUAAUCGCUCUCGCGUCCUCCUUUCAUCCUUUUGUGUGUCGCGCACAUCCGAGUCUGUCGUGGCUUCCCACGCGGGACAGAAGAGAAGUCAACUUUUACAGUUUCAAUGUCAGAUCACAACAAAACCUAUUUUUUCAACAUAAGGCCUUUUGAACGAUAGUUCUAAAAAAAAUGUCUAUUUUAAUAUUUACUUGUUACAUGACUUGUACAUAUUUGUAAUAUAUAAUUGAAUAAAUUUUAUUUGUUGUGAAUCUAAA